CCUCCUCUCGAUAGGUGGCGCCGGGGCCAACACGACGUUCUUCUCGCAGAUGGCUCCAGCAGGGGCGAAUUCGUGCGGAGUAGCAUUAUGAAGUUACGGGUUUGAUGGCAUCGACGUGGACUUGGAAUUCCCUCACUCGCCAGCCGAUAUGACCAACAUAGCUUCGCUCUUCUCCGAGCUCCGCCAAAGAAAUCGUCUUCGAGGCACAGUCGACGUAUCGCAACCGAUUGCUACUCACUGCAGCGGUGUACUACAGCACCAUGGCCAUGGACCCUUCGAUUCCGGGCAUGCGCUACGAGUACCCAGUACAAACCAUGGCUAGAACACUCGACUGGGCGAACAUCAUGUGCUACGACUACCACGGCCUGGGAGCCACCUCUCACCGGCGAGCACUCGGCUCUCACAGAUCUCUCGUCAAAUCUAAGCUCCAGCUAUGGCAUCCAAUCGUGGCUGGAUGGCGGGCUUCCUCCUCACAAGGCGGUGAUGGGCUUGGCCGCGUUGGGCGAUCGUGGCUGCUGGCAAACUCGUCGCUGGAUCACGGCGUCGGUGCUGCUGCGCGGGGGCCCGGGCCGGCUAUGCCGGGUGGAAGUGCCGAGACGGGGGUCUUGUUCUACAGCGAGAUCCAGGAGUUCAUCCGGUCGAAGAACGCGACAGUGGUAGACGAUGGCGAGACGAGCAGCGCGUACGCGUUUGCUGGGGAUUUGUGGGUGGGAUUCGAUAACCAGGCAUCGAUCGAGAAGAAGGUGGAGUUUCUCAAGAGCAAAGAGAUGCGUGGGUUUUUCUUCUGGACGGCAAGUUUUGAUAGCGGUGCGGUGCUCUCCAGCACAGCCUUCCAGGCGCUUGAUCGGGAAAGUGUACCUCCACCAUUUCCGGGACCAAAAGAUGGAGAGAAAUCAGGGGCUUUGCGAAGCAUUAGAUUCGAAAAGAGUAGGCUGAUCCUCCUGUUUGUUUUUCUCCGUUGACCCACGUUGAAAUUAUUUUAAUAUCGUA